AAAACUCUCCGUUUACUUCCUUCUCCGGCUUUUCGCGCUACUCCGCCCUCGGCUUCUCCGGUUCUCCGCACUCGGCAUCUCCAACUCAAAGUCCGGCGUUAGUUUUCCUACUCACUUCAUGGUCGGACAAUCGAUUUAUUCCCCUUAGCAGAAAUGGUUAUUCCUCCACCAGUUAGACCAGAAAGAGUCACAAAGUUCCUCAAACCUUAUGUGUUGAGGAUGCACUUCACGAACAAGUAUGUGAAUGCUCAAGUAGUCCACACACCAAGUGCAACAGUUGCCACAGCUGCCAGCACACAAGAGAAGAGUUUGAGGUUGGGGAUGAUAGAAGCGAAAGAAAACAGGCGGGAUGUUGCUGCUGCUGCAAAAAUAGGCAAGUUGCUGGGGGAGCGACUGCGGGUCAAAGGCAUUCCUGCUGUUUCUGUUUUCUUCAAAAAGGAUCAGAGAUACCAUGGAAAGGUCAAAGCUGUGAUUGAUUCCAUCAGGGGAGAAGGAAUUGAAUUGGUUUGAAUUUGGACUGCUGAUGAAUAAUUCAUUCCCAGUUUAUUUCUUGAACAAUUUAUGCUAAAAAACUUGGGUUAUUUGAUUCAAAUGCAUCGUGGGGAAGGGAAACUGGAAAUGUAAUAUUUUUUAGGGAAGUUUAUUGGUACAACAAACAUUGAAAAGUUAGCGCAGAUUCUUCAUGUUUUCCUGCCAUUUUACUCAAAUUACUCACCUACUUCACGUUGCCCUUUCAUCUUAAAAUCUUUAUUACACUUUCUUUUAUAUGAUAAUUUAGUAUCACUUGCAUCUCUAA